CAGGGGCGGGGCAGGGGUCAGCUGGAGGGUCCGGAGUAGCGAGCGCCCCACGGAGGCCCCGGGAGACGGGAGGGGACUGCGAGAGGACCCCGGCGGCCGGAGCCCCCGUGCCAGCGCCAUGAGGCCGCUCGUCGCCCUGCUGCUCCUGGGCCUGGCGGCCGGCUCGCCCCCGCUGGACGACAACAAGAUCCCCAGCCUGUGCCCGGGGCACCCCGGCCUUCCCGGCACGCCGGGCCACCACGGCAGCCAGGGCCUGCCCGGCCGCGACGGCCGCGACGGCCGCGACGGCGCGCCCGGGGCUCCGGGAGAGAAAGGCGAGGGCGGGAGUCCGGGGCUGCCGGGGCCCCGGGGGGAGCCCGGGCCGCGAGGAGAGGCGGGACCCGUGGGAGCCAGCGGGCCUGCGGGCGAGUGCUCGGUGCCUCCGCGCUCCGCCUUCAGCGCCAAGCGCUCGGAGAGCCGCGUGCCUCCGCCGUCCGACGCGCCCCUACCCUUCGACCGCGUGCUGGUGAACGAGCAGGGACAUUACGACGCCACCACCGGCAAGUUCACCUGCCAGGUGCCCGGGGUCUACUACUUCGCGGUCCACGCCACCGUCUACCGGGCUAGCCUGCAGUUCGAUCUGGUGAAGAAUGGCGAGUCCAUCGCCUCUUUCUUCCAGUUUUUUGGGGGGUGGCCCAAACCAGCCUCGCUCUCUGGGGGCGCCAUGGUGAGGCUGGAGCCAGAGGACCAGGUGUGGGUGCAGGUGGGCGUGGGCGAUUACAUUGGCAUUUAUGCCAGCAUCAAGACAGACAGCACCUUCUCGGGAUUUCUGGUGUAUUCUGACUGGCACAACUCCCCUGUCUUUGCUUGAUGCCCACUGGAAAGUGAGCGGUGUGACACUGACAGCCACAUCGUCCCCGGAGGGCUGGCCCCCCUUGGGAUGUUGUGAACGACUCCAGUCCUGCUGCUGGCAGAGAAUGGGGACAGAGGCUGUCUGAGAUCAGGGCUGGCAGUGAGGGGCAGUGGCUGGAUUUCUGCCCAAAACCAAAGGAGCGCUCUGUGCUGGCAGGUGUGGGUCCCCCAGUUGCUCUGGCCCAGGAUCCCAGAGGUGGGGGUGCCCUCUUCCUGGUGUUCUGCUUCUCUGGGUCCUCCCUUGUCCCUCCUAUUCCUGGGCCCUUUUCUCAGAGAUUAUUCAAUAAA